AUGUCUGUCGCAACUGCCCUCCAGACGACCGACAUACUGUGCGCGAUCUCCGAGCAGCUGUCCGUGGAGCGUUACAAUAGACGCUUCAGAGGGAAGCGUCGCGCAGAUCUGGCGCGCUUAGCCCGUGUAUGCACGGCCUUCGUCGAUCCCGCGCUACGCGUGCUGUGGAGGAUGCUCCCAGGAGCUGGGCCGCUAUUGCGUUUGCUCUCCUGCGUCGACGUGGUGAGGCAUGAGCAUUACACAGAGUUCGUCUUGGGACGAGCCGUCGUCGCCGAGGAGUGGGAGCGCUUUCACCACUAUGCUCGCUACGUUCAGGUCAUAGACCAGCACGACAACAUUCGACCUGAUUGUGAACCAGAGCCAUACCGCGGGGAGCUCAUUGAGCAUGUCCUGCAGCAAGCCAUCUUAUUGUCCAACGGAGGCAAGCCUUUUUUUACCUCACAUGCACAGGCUGUCGUGGGUGUCCACCGGCAUCUUUGGCCAUUUGGUCUGGCCUCCCAGGGACAUUACCAUACCGAACUAUCCGUCGCCACUAUUCCUGAUCGGUCCAUCUACCCAGCAUUUGGUGCUGCACUCCAGCUCUUCUAG